GUAUAUAUUACAUAUUCUUUCAAAUAUACUAUUAUGUCUUUCCAGAUAUCUUUAGAGCCUUAUAGUGAGUUCCGCCUGCGAGAGCGUACAUGGUGUACACCGGUUUGUGAAAAGUUCUUGUACAGACAUUGGUGUUUAAGGAGAGGCGGGGCUUAUGUAAUUGACGAUCGCUCAAACCAAUGAGCUACAAGCACUCUUGACGUUCAUGCCCACGGAAUUCCCCUGUCAGGGGAUUUCCAUUUGAUGCCGAAGUGCAAGAAGGGGUAAUUGUGCAACAGAAACAUUCAUUUCGAUUGACAAUAACCCGCAUACUGGCUAUUCGGAUAACUGAGUAGGGAAAUUCUGAUGGAACAAAACUAGGAUUUCAUUUUGCGUCUCAAUAAUAUCCAUUAUUGCUACAGAUAUUGACGAGUCGGCCUCUUCCAAAACCUAGUGAAGAGCGCCGUCAGUCUGAAAGCACAGCCUGUGACAGGAACCAUGUCCAGUACAAUGAGCUUGGAAGAAAAUCAAUACAACAUCAACAUGAUUGAAACUGAGCAGUUCAUGAUGGACUUCCCGUACUCAUUCAUGCCGUCCGUGAAGAGCGAGCCUUACCUGCCAGAGACAGCAAAUGGGCCAUACCUACAGAUCAUCGAGGAGCCCAAACAGAGGGGAUUUCGAUUUCGCUAUGAGUGCGAGGGUCCCUCCCAUGGUGGUCUGCCCGGCGCCUCCAGUGAGAAGAAUAAGAAGACUUACCCCACAGUCAAGGUGUGUAACUACAUGGGCUACGCCAGGGUGGAGGUGCAGUUGGUGACGCACAUGGAUCCCCCUCGGGUGCACGCACACAGCCUGGUGGGCAAGCACUGCAACGAGAGUGGCAUGUGCAGCAUGGAAGUGGGGCCCACUGACCUGACGGCGCAGUUCAACAACCUGGGCAUCCUCCACAUCACAAAGAAAGGGGUCCUUGAGGUCCUCUCCAAGAGACUUAGGGAGGAGAAGCUGAAGCAGAAGGGACCAAACUACCACUUCACUGACGCAGAAGAGCAGGAAAUAUUAAAGGAGGCCAAAGAGCUGGGCAACAAGAUGGACCUGAAUGUGGUGAGGCUGAAGUUCACGGCAUACCUGCCGGAUGGUGAUGGGGAUUACACCAGAGCCCUGAAGCCGGCCAUCUCCAAGCCCAUCUAUGACAGCAAGUCGCCCAAUGCUUCUAACCUGAAGAUCUCCCGCAUGGACAAGACCUGCGGCUCCGUGCUGGGUGGAGACGAGAUCUUCCUUUUGUGUGACAAGGUGCAGAAAGAUGAUAUCGAUAUUCGCUUUUUUGAGGAGGAUAAGGAGGGAGGCUGGGAAGACUUUGGUGACUUCUCUCCCACAGACGUCCACAAACAGUACGCCAUCGUGUUUAAGACUCCCAAAUACCACACUCCGGACAUCGAGCGGCCUGUCACCGUGUUCCUGCAGCUGAAACGGCGGAAGGGAAGUGACUGCAGUGAGCCUAAGCAGUUUACCUACGUGCCGCAUGUGCAAGACAAGGAGGAAGUUCAGCGCAAAAAAAAGAAGCCCCUCCCUCACUCCUUUGACCCAUGGAAUGGGCCCCCUGGGGGGGCUGCCGGGACUGGCCGAGGACCGGGGAACUUCGGAGGAUCAGGUAGAGGAGGAAACGGCGGAUUCCCCUUUAACCCACAGCUGGACAUGGGCUUCAGCACCAUGGGCACCUUCAUGGGCAAUGGUACACGCAUGGCAGCCUCGGUGCCAGCCCCCAGCACCCCCGCCGACCGGCAGGAGGGCAGCAGGGUGCCACCAGGAGGACCGCCCCUGCAGCAGCAGCUGCUUCAGAUUGCUUCCAUGCUGCAGAAUCGCGCCACUCAGACAGCCCGGCGUACCGCCAGAGCCUUACUGGACUACUGCAGCACGGGCGACGUUUGCCUCUUGCUGGCCGUGCAGAGGCAGCUCUACUCCGUGCAGGAUGAGAAUGGAGACACGCCCCUGCACCUGGCCAUCAUUCACCAGCAGCCUGCGGUGGUCCAGCAGCUGGUGUAUAUGAUCAGCACCAUUCCCCAGCAGCAGAUCCUCAACAUCCGCAAUCACAUGAGCCAGACUCCCCUGCACCUUGCAGUCAUAACAAAGCAGCACAAGGUGCUGGACUGCUUGCUGAAAGCGGGGGCCGACCCCACCCUGGUCGACCGGGAUGGCAGGUCGGUGCUGCACUUGGCAGCGGAUAUCGGUGACGAGUUUGUGCUGCGCGUCCUCCUCACCCACCUAAAGGAGAACUACAGCCACCUGUUCAACACAGCCGACUACCAUGGGCUCCACCCACUGCACCUGGCUGUGAAGAAGGGGGGCGAGCGCUGCCUGCGGGCGCUGGUGCUCUGUGGUGCCCGGGUCAAUGCUGCUGAGCUGAAGAGCGGCAACACGGCACUGCACAUCGCCGUCAGAGAGAACCUCUUCAAGGUGGCCUGCAUGCUCAUCACAGAGCUGAAGGCCGACGUGAAUGCCAGCACAUUCUGCGGGAACACACCCCUCCACCUGGCAGCCAGCCUGGGCUCCCCCACACUCUGCUCCAUGCUCGUUGCUGCAGGCGCCAGGAAGGACCUAGAGAAUGAUGAGCCCCUCUUCCUCAGCUCCUCUGAUGAGGAAGACGACGAUAAGGAAGAUGAGGCUGUAGAAGAGAUGAGCAUGCAACAGCAGAUAGCAUCGUCCCCCAGUGAGGUGCCAAAGAACCCCCGCAAGAGAGCUGGAGGCCAUACCCCCUUAGACCUGGCCAGGUGCCAGAAGGUAAGAGCAAUUCUGGACAGUAGAGAGAGCGACAGGCCUAGCAGAGAAGUCGCCAAGCCCAGCGAGAAGCAGGAGGAAGCAAAACCACAGAUGGACAUCGAGACACUCAGCAAACUCUGUGGGAUUCUGAGCCAGGCCAAUGUGCCACUGCGGCAGCUGGCUGAGAAGCUGGGCAUGCUCACACUGGCCGACCUAUACCAGGAGAGUCCUUCACCCUGCCAGCACCUGCUGGAGAACUACCAGUUGGGCGGUGGUCAGCUGGAGACUCUGGUGGAGGCCCUGCAGUCAUUGGGUCUGAAUGAGGGAGUGAAGCUGCUGAGACAGACGGAGCUGAGGGACAAGGCCCAGAGCACAGAUGCCACCGUAGACAGUGGCUUUGGCAGCCAUGUGACAGAAGAUGUGGAGGAACAGGAGAUCCAGCAGCCUGUGAUGGCCAACCCAUGAAACACCCAGCUGACCUGCAGAGGGGACACUUCACAGUCUCACACAGUUCAUGUAUUUCAACCAGACAUGGGUCCCAAGAGUCUCUCUUGCAAUAUACAUGACAGAGAUUGGCCCGCUCAUCUGCUCAUCGAGGUGGGGUUGGGAGAGGGGGGGUUGGGGAUAAGACUGCUCUUAGAAAUUCUCGUUGUCAUGGUAGCGGUACAGCUAGCGAAUGACGUCACAGGAAUCCAGCACAGGCCUGUGGUGGCUGAGUCAUCGGGCUGGGAUGCCAUUGCAUUUACGGACGACUGACUGCCAUUCAGACCUGCACAGAAAGGGAGAAUUCCCUGUGUGAGAUGUUCAAUAGACUCAGAGAUCUAAAAACCCAACAAAGCAACAAAAUAAAAAGCCACCACUAGCACUUAAGGUUUACACAGCACCCAGCUUUAAGAGAUAUUUAUUUCACCAAUUUCCACCAGCAUAUGUACAGAACUGUUGUCAUUAUCUGUGUUGAUUGUAUUGCAUAGAAGUAAAAAUGAAUGUGCCAUUUUCAGGCCAUGAUAAAUGCUAAAGAUUUAUAUUGGAAAAUAAAAAGGUAUAAAUUGAUAUAAAAAACA